AUGCUUGCCUACAUUUUUGACAACGUUGACUCGGACCAGAGACUCCCUCAUAUUACUGAACCCCCUCUGCUUAUCUCCGAGGCUGAAUUGAAGGAACUUGGUGUACUGUACUGGCGUGCCGAUGAUCCGGAAAUUGUUGAAUCCGUUGCGAAAGAGCGUGGAUAUAAGAACCGAGAUACGAUCAACGUCAGUCGAGAGGGGUUAGGGGAUCUUUAUGAAUCGAAGAUCAAGGGGUUCUUUGAAGAACACAUGCAUGAGGACGAAGAGAUCAGGUAUAUUCUCGACGGAAGUGGCUUCUUUGACGUAAGGCGGACAACCGAUGAGGCAUGGGUACGCAUAGCCGUUGAGAAGGGAGACCUACUUGUCAUCCCGGCAGGAAUUUACCACCGCUUUACUCUUGAUACAAAGGACUAUAUCAAGGCGCUGCGCCUAUUCCAAGACGAGCCAAAAUGGGUGCCACACAAUCGUAGUGCAGAAACAGAACUACAAUGUAUUAUUUGUAAAAAACCAGCAGCAAAACCUCUCGAACUUCAUUAUCGGACGGCUAUUCCUCUCGCCCAUCAAUUGGCUUCCGGCGUCUUAAAAUACCACGUCAACCCACGUGAAGAUUUCUUUCCGGGUACCUUUUGCCAACUCGACGACCACUCGUCUCAUAUCUUUGCACCCAUGCCGUCAGCCAGCAUAUACAAGUCUGCCUACCCGGACUGUAUUAUCCCUCGCGAGUCUGUUUUCUCCAAAUUGUUCCCGAAAAAACCAGAGUUCGAUGAGGAUCUUCCGGCAUUUAUCGACGCGGUCACAGGUCGAACGCUUUCUCGAGGAGAUGUGAAGGAUUUAUCUCUUCGACUGGCAUAUGGCCUGCAGAAAACCCUGGGCAUACAACGAGGAGAUACAAUAAUGAUAUUUAGCCCAAAUUCCUUGAUUUGGCCUGUGGCUAUGUUGGGGUGCAUCGCUGCAGGACUCAAGUGUUCACCAGCCAACUCGGCUUAUACACCCUCUGAACUCGCUCAUCAAAUAUCGGACUCGGGUUCUGGUUUCGUUUUGGUGCAUCCAGCGUUACUUGAAACUUUGCUCAAGGCGCUCGAGCUGCUCAAAGUCGCGGCUGCAGACGUUCGGAAGCGCGUGAUAUUGAUGAACCUUGAUGGACCCACACCCAAAGGGGCUGGAGGAUAUAAACAAUUAGACUCACUUUUGGUUAGCGGGAAACUCAACGAAGAGGAAAAUUUUGAUGGAGAAUUGUCUGAUGAGACAGUGUACUUGUGCUAUAGUUCGGGUACAACCGGACUUAGCAAGGGUGUCGAGACAUCUCAUCAUAAUACCAAUGCUGUUAUUGCGAUGUCUCGUGCCGCAUUUCCUGAAAUGAUUCAGGGUAGGGACGUUCUACUUGGGAUCCUGCCCUUUUUUCACUCUUAUGGCGCGAUGCACUUGAUUCAGUAUCCGCUCACUCUCGCGGUUCCCGUCGUGAUUUCUCCUGCAUUCAACCCAGAAACGUUUUGCGCUUCUAUUCAGAGAUUCAAGAUCACAUGCGCUCUGGUCGUUCCACCCGUCCUUGUUGUCCUCGCCUCACACCCAGUUGUUGACAAGUACGACUUUUCGUCUCUUCGUUUUCUAUUUUGCGGUGCUGCUCCUCUACGAGCCGAGCUCAUUGCGAGCGUUCGGUCUCGACUACGCGGUCGUGGUGCCGAGGUGUUAGUUCCACAAGGAUGUGGUCUGACCGAGAUGAGUCCGACGGUCUUGUUAACUCCUUUACAUCGCGCGACGGAAAAGAUCGGGUCUGCGGGUGAGCUUUUGCCAAAUUUGGAGGCGAGGCUAGUUGGAGAAGAUGGCCUAGACGUGGAGCUGGGCCAGCCUGGAGAGUUAUGGUUACGAGGACCCUCGGUCAUGAAGGGGUAUUUGAACAACCCAACUGCCACGAGGAACGCUAUCACACCCGAUGGCUGGUUCAAGACUGGCGAUGUAGUUAUCCGGGACAAGGAUGGCUUCUAUACUAUUAUAGAUAGACUCAAGGAAUUAAUCAAGUACAAAGGGUCUCAAGUUCCUCCUGCAGAUCUCGAGAAUGUUUUACUAUCACACCCUGAUAUUAUCGAUGCCGGGGUAAUCGGUAUAGAGUCUGUAGAACAAGCAACAGAGCUCCCGAGAGCUUAUAUUGUACAUCGUGCUGGGUAUGACUCUUUCUCAUCCUCGGAAAAGCGUCAUGCAUUUGAAUCUGGUGUCCAGUCUUGGAUCCAGGGUAGGGUCGCAAAGCACAAGUAUUUGCGAGGAGGCGUAACUCUAAUCGAAUCAAUUCCCAAAAGCCCAUCCGGAAAGAUUUUGAGGAGAGAACUACGAAAAUAUGCUCAAACAGAACUAGCCAAUGAGACUUCUAAAAGCAAGUUAUAA